GCGUCGCCCACCGCUCCCUCCCUUGGCUAGCUAGCUUAGCUGAGCUGUGCCGGCGGCAGUUUCCAACCCCUCGCGACCUGCAACCCUGCUAACUUUGUCCCACUCGAGCCUCGAGGAACACAUGACCUCCUCGCUGCCUCCUCGUCGUUGACCAGCUCCGUCUCGUCGGAUCUCGUCGGCCGACGAUCCAUCCAUUCUUCUCCGUGCGCGCAGGUGUGCCAGCUUGAUAAGGCACGUCAAGGCCGGCGGCUCGGGCCGCGCACAUGGCUGCCGCUGCUGCGCGCUUGCUUGCCGUCGCGCUCUCGGCCGCCAUCCUCGUGGUCGUCGGCGGCCGCGGCGUCUUCCCCGUGUCGUCCGGCGCGGAGAGGCCGAGCGUGGAGCGUGAGCUCGACGCGGCGCGGGCAGCGAUACGGCGCGCGGUGCGGCGCCAUGGCAACAACGCCAGCUCCGCGCCGGGCGCAUGGUUCCGGGGCGACGACGUGGAGUACGCUCUCCUCUCGAGGGUCUACCGCAACCCGGCAGCCUUCCACCGGAGCUACGUGGAGAUGGAGAGGCGGUUCAAGGUGUACGUGUACGAGGAGGGGGAGCCGCCGCUCCUGCACCUGGGGCUCUGCAAGGACAUCUACACCAUCGAGGGCCGCUUCAUCGAGCAGCUCGAGCUCCUGGCGCCGCCGGCGGCCGGCGUCCGGACGUGGGACGCCGGCCGCGCGCACGCCUUCUUCCUCCCCUUCAGCGUCGUCCAGAUGGUGGAGCUCGCGUACCGGCCCCUCUCCUACGACCGCGCCCCGCUCCUCUCCCUCGUCGGCGACUACGUCCGCGUCGUCGCCUCCCGCCACCCCUUCUGGAACCGCUCCGCCGGCGCCGACCACUUCAUGCUCUCCUGCCACGACUGGGCUCCUGACGUGUCCAAGGGGGACCCGGAGCUGUACGCCAACGGCAUCCGCGCGCUCUGCAACGCCAACACGUCGGAGGGGUUCCGGCCGGGGAAGGACGUGAGCAUCCCGGAGAUCAACCUCUACACCGGCGACACGCCGCGGCAGCUCCUGGGGCCCUCGCCGGGGCUAUCGGCGCGGCCCUACCUGGCCUUCUUCGCCGGCGGGCGGCAUGGCCACAUCCGCGAGCUCCUGCUGCGCCACUGGAAGGGCCGCGACCCGGCCACCUUCCCCGUGUACGAGUACGACAUCCCCUCCGCCACCGGCAACAGCAGCCGUCACAACCGGCGAGGCCGCGACCGGCAGAGCGACUAUUUCGCCUACAUGCACCGCUCCCGCUUCUGCCUGUGCCCGAGCGGGCACGAGGUGGCCAGCCCGCGCGUGGUGGAGGCCAUCCACGCCGGCUGCAUCCCCGUGCUGGUGACGGACGGGUACGCGCCGCCAUUCGCCGACGUGCUGCGGUGGGAGUCGUUCUCGGUGUCCGUGCCGGUCGCUGACAUCCCUAGGCUGAAGGAGGUGCUGGAGGGGAUACCGACGGCGGAGGUGGAGCGGCUCCGGGACGGGGUGCGGCUGGUGAAGCGGCACUUCACUCUGCGGCAGCCGCCGGAGAGGCUUGACAUGUUCCACAUGAUCCUGCACUCCGUCUGGCUCAGGAGGCUCAACUUCAGACUCGGCCACUAGCCAGUUCAGACUUCAGAUCACUGAUAAUAGUAGACAGAAAUUUAGAACAGAGAACACCGUGCAACACCCUGGGUUCCUAAUUAACAUGCUCUACAUUUUAUUCUCAAACUAUCAAUUGCAGGUACAUUAUAAAGAAUAUAAAUAGGACCCUCUUAUCUGAA